GCCCAUCGGGAGGUGAACGGAAGUGAGCGGAAACAGGCAGGCCAGAGUAGCCCUGACAGUGGAGAAAAACAGCUGUUUCGCCAAGACAGAACGUAAAAAACCACUCGUUUCUGUCCUUUGUUCUUUAGUUGCGAAGACCUGAUGGUGUUGAAGUAGUUAUUAAGUCAACAUGGUACUCAUUUGGCGGCCUUUCUCGAAGACGUUCAACGAGCUGGUGUUACUUUUCGCCUUGUUUCUUGAUGUUGUGCCGCUGGGUGAAGGCAAGAAGCAGCUGUCACGAAGCGCAGGUGCUUCGGAGACGGUAGAAACUUACGACAAAUACUACAAUUAUGUUGACCUAACGAAUCGUUUACAGUCUUUAGCGCAGAGCUACUCCCACAUCGCCAGCCUGUCGAGCAUUGGUCGGUCUGUGGAGGGCAGGGAGCUGUGGGUGAUGCGGAUCAGUGUGGAGCCCGACAAAGAUACGCCUGGUAACCCGAAAUUUAAGUACGUAGGGAACAUGCACGGAGAUGAGACCGUGUCCAGACAGGUGUUGGUCUACCUGGUGGAGUACCUGCUCACUAAAUAUGGGGAGGAAGCCCGUAUCACAGAGCUGGUGAACAGCACGGAUAUUUACAUCAUGCCCAGCAUGAACCCGGAUGGCUUUGAGAAGUCAAAGGAAGAGGACUGCGAUGGUGACUACGGUGGCCGGAAUAAUGCCAAUAAUUUAGACCUAAACAGAAGUUUUCCCGAUCAGUUUGACGGGACAACUGUGAAGCCAGAUGAUAUUCCAGAGGUCAUGGCAGUGAUCAAAUGGAUCAAAGAGCAAAAAUUUGUUCUGUCAGGGAACUUGCACGGCGGGACUGUAGUCGCCAGCUACCCUUUCGAUGACUCGGUCUCCCACCAACGUCAGGGCCUCUACAGCCAGUCAGAGGAUGACAACCUGUUUCGCUACCUGGCCCUGGUGUAUUCCCAUAAUCACCCUGUGAUGAAGACCGGUCAGCCUAACUGUCCCGACACUCCCGAAGAAACCUUUGAAGACGGCAUCACCAACGGAGCGCGCUGGUAUGACGUGCCAGGAGGAAUGCAGGACUACAACUACCUCUACGGAAACUGCCUGGAAAUCACCAUGGAGCUGAGCUGCUGCAAACAUCCUCCAGCUUCACAGCUGCAAAAGGAAUGGGAUCUGAACAGGGAGUCCCUUCUGGCCUACAUGGAAAAGGUACACAUGGGAGUUCGUGGCUUCGUGAAAGAUGCAGUCAGCGGUGCCGCCCUCAGCAACGUUAGCAUUGUGGUUGCUGGUAUCCGCCACAACCUGACCACAGCAAAAUUUGGAGAGUACUACCGCCUUCUUCUCCCGGGAACAUACAACAUCACAGCUGUGGCUCCAGGGUACCUAUCAAUGGCAGUCAACAGUGUGCAGGUCAUUGAUGGGAAACCCACUGAGCUUAAUUUUACCUUACAGCCUUUUGUAAAUGAGGCUACAGGCAGAACCCCCCAAACCACCACCUCAUCUCCAUCCACCAGUCACCUCAUUAUUCCUAUGACUAAGGCUUCCAACAUCACCCAGAUUCAGGCUGUUCCCACCACCCCUCCAUUCCUUCCACCUGGUCAUCAGCCCACCCAUCCAAAGGAGUUUCGUCACCACAACUAUGCAGACAUGGAGCUCUUUUUGCGCAAGUGCAACAGCGAGUUUUCCUCUAUCACUCACCUUUACUCUAUUGGCCGCUCUGUACAAGACCGGGAGCUGUACGUGAUGGUCAUCUCAGACAACCCUAAUGUUCACGAGCAUGGGGAACCAGAGUUUAAGUAUGUGGGCAACAUGCAUGGCAAUGAGGUGGUGGGAAGAGAGCUACUGCUCAACCUCAUUGAAUAUCUGUGUCGUAACUACGGUACCGACCCUGAAGUGACUCAGCUGGUCAACAACACUCGGAUUCACAUCAUGCCCUCCAUGAACCCUGAUGGCUAUGAGGUCGCUGUGGAAGGUGACGUGAAGGGCUACAAAGGACGCAACAACAGCAAUGAUUAUGAUUUGAACCGCAACUUUCCAGACCAGUUUGUCACCAUCACAGAACCCAGACAGCCAGAGACGAUAGCUGUCAUGAGCUGGUUGAAGAGCAACCCGUUUGUUUUGUCUGCAAACCUGCAUGGAGGCUCCCUGGUGGUCAACUACCCCUUCGAUGAUGACAAAGAUGAACUUAGUGACUAUAGCAGGUCGCCUGAUGACGCAGUGUUUAAGCAGGUGGCCAAAGCAUACUCACAGGAGAAUCCUCUUAUGUACAAAGGACGCCCUUGUGUGGACCUGUACCCUGAGGAAUAUUUUAAGGAUGGCAUCAUUAAUGGAGCCCAGUGGUACACAGUUCCCGGCGGGAUGCAGGACUGGAAUUACGUCAACACAAACUGCUUCGAGGUGACCAUCGAGCUGGGCUGUGUCAAGUACCCCCUGGCCAAGGAGCUACCAGCAUACUGGGAACAAAACUGGAGAGCUUUGCUGCAAUUUAUGCACCAGGUUCACACCGGAAUAAAAGGCACAGUUUCUGAUGACCGGGAUAGGAUGGGAAUUCCCAAUGCCACCAUCAGCGUGGAGGGAAUAGACCACAACAUCACUACGGCUCAUGCUGGAGACUACUGGAGACUGUUGGUACCUGGCACUUAUGCAGUCACUGCCUCUGCUGAUGGGUAUAUACCUGUGACGAUCUAUGCUACAGUCGCAAAGGACCAAGCAGAGGUAGUGGACUUCAGACUGACCCGUUUACACCCAGACAACAACGCCCACGCUUCCACUGUUGCCCAGCUGACCCAAAGCCCAUCUGAUAGGGAGCUCUACAGCUUGAUAAAAGCACUGUCUCUAGACCAAGGUUUGGAGCAGCUGGUCAAGAGCACAGCCACAGGCAACAGCUUCCGCUACCAACGCUCGAAAGACCUGGAAACUUCCUUGAGAGGCCUCACACUUAACUUUCACCAAAUUACAUCUUUGCACAGACUGGGCCAAAGUGUAGAGUUUAGAAACAUUUUGGCUCUGGAAAUCUCCAACAAUCCAGCAGAACCUGAGCCGUCUGAACCAAAGAUCCGCUUUGUGGCAGGGAUCCACGGCAAUGCUCCUGUGGGCACAGAGUUGCUGCUGGAGUUUGCCGCCUCUCUGUGCAUCAACUACGGCAAAAACCCCGCCAUCACCAAGCUAAUCAACGAGACCCGCAUUUUCAUUGUGCCCUCCAUCAACCCUGACGGACGGGAACAGGCCGCUGAGAAAAAGUGCUCGUCCAACCAGGGCCUAACCAACUCUAAUGGCAAAGAUCUCGACAAAACGUUUUUCGGCAACUCGUCGCAGCGAUUGUCGGAACCAGAACCCGAGACCAAAGCAAUGAUCAAUUUUAUUCAAAGCAAUGACUUCAGUCUGUCUGUCGUCCUGGAUGGAGGCGCUCUGGUUGUCACCUACCCUUAUGACAAACCUGUUCAUAUCGUUAAUAAUGAGGCCACCUUGAAGUACUUGGCGAAAGUGUAUGCUAAGAACCAUCCCAAGAUGCAUCCAGGAGAUACUGCAUGUUCCAAUAAUGGGCAAAUGGGAAAUGUCCCAGAUGGAGUGAUGAAAGCGGCUAAUCUACAAAGUCACAUGGGGAGCAUGAAGGACUUCAGUAUGGACUUUGGACACUGCCCAGAAAUCACAGUAUACACUGGCUGCUGUUUGUUUCCUGCUGCUAAUCAGCUGGGAACGCUCUGGGAUGAGAACAAGAAGGCUCUCCUCAGUAUGUUGGUGGAGGUCCAUAAAGGGGUGCGAGGAGUAGUAAGGGAUAGAAGUGGAAAACCGAUUGUUGGGGCGACCAUUUUUCUGAAUGCAACAGUAAAGAUCUCCACUUCUGUGGGCGGCUACUUCCACAUCCUCGUCCACCCAGGCACCUAUGGUAUUGACGCCAUAGCUGAAGGCUAUCAAAGUCAACAUAAAGAGGUUGUGGUGACUUCCUAUGAAGCUGCUGCUUCUGUCAUCAUAGAGUUUGAUAUAGACAACAGAAUAUUUGGAUUGCAAAGGGAGUUUGUUGUGGCCUGUGCAGCUGCUGCCAUGACAGCAUUGGUGUUGACAGCGUGCAUCAUUUGGUGCGUGUGCUCAGCGAAGUCCGACCGCCAGAAAGACGGCUUCCAUCGGCUGCGGCAGCACCGCGACGACUACGACGAUGAGAUCCACCUGAACUCCAUGGGCUCCAAAAAGUCCCUGCUCGCACACGAGUUUCAGGACGAAAGCGAAAGUGAUGAAGAGACACUGUAUGCCAACAAAAUCUAACAAUUGUUGUGCUAGUUUGAUUCAGUAUUUUUGCUUUUUACUUUUCAAAUCCCUCCACAGUCAAAUCCUUGACCUGCAAGGAACUGGACGAACUCUUGAUAUCGCAGCUCCACCUUCUCUCUCUCUCUCUUUAUGAAUGAGUGAUGUAAACAUUUUCUCUGUGAAACCAUCAAGUUCUAGGCACGCAGUUUUCCUGCUGGUGGACUCAUGCUUAUCUUCAUGACUGACCAGCAGGGAGGGAUGGAGGAAGAUGAUGAUGAACAAACAGUUAAUGACAAUGUUUUUGUCCACUCUUAUUAAUUCUUCACAGCAGCUUCUUUGGUUCCGAGCCAAUCAAGAAGGCUUGUCCUGCCUAGUUUACAGGUCAAGCUGCCAAGUCUAAAUGAACUGUUAGACGUGCUUUAUCACCCAAAAUUUGCCCUUAAAAUUUGUCAUCUUUAAGCAUUAAUUUAAUACACUCUCAAAAUAAGAGUGUUUUUUAUUUCUUGGUCCAAGGUAGAAUAGCUGCACUGUUCGAGCUUUUUGGAGAACAUCUCCAAUUCUGUGCCUUGGCGUCUGUAGAUUGAUCAGUCCAGUCAGGCUGUAAUAAACGAGACAAAGCUGUAUUUUCGUUUAAUAAAACUGAGUUGAUGUUAUGAAUGGAUCCAUCCAUCCAUUAGUCAGCUGAUGAAAAAAGAUGAAAAAUCUUGCUCAUUGUAACUGUUUCUCCACAGGAACUCUUAAAGUGACUUACCUGGGAAUUUAUCGUGUUUUUGGCCCAGUCGGGUUUCCAGGCUUUAAUGAAUCCUGGACUGGAAAGUGCACACAGAAUUCACUUGCACUAAAGGCUUUUAUUCCACCAGAGCAAUUCCAGGGCUGAACUGGUCUUAGUGUUUGCUUUGCGCCAGUUCUUUUUAUCCGCUGCCAGAAGCACUGCACUGUCUCUGGCAUCGAUUAACAUGGUGUUGACUCUGCACCAACUCUUACCUGGAUCUAACGGAAGGAACGGCUGGAGAUGGGUUUUUGGAGAACAGCAACCAAAUUGUUGUGAUUGCCAUUAUAAAAUCUCCAGAUUUAGUUUAGUUUUUUUAACCAAUUUAAGUACAAAAAAAAACAAAAUGGCAGAAAGAUUGGAUUAAAUAUUACUAAAGAGUCGGGUUAGCAGCGGAGGCCAGCUCUCUCCAUUCAUGGCAAUCUUUCACAAAAAUUUAAAAUAAAGCAGAAGGUGAGAUAUUUAUUGGUUAAGAUGCUUACAGGGAUGCAUUGAUGUGAUACCAAGCUGGUCCAGUUAAGAACUGCCUCCAGCAUCACUGGAAGCAUUUUGAUGGAAAAAUCGCAGAACUGGAAAGCAAGGACUAUCUCAUAUCACUGCUUGAAAAAAGAAACUAUAAAGCUAUAAAUAUGUGUGAUGAUUGUAUUUAUUAUUCCUUUUUUUGGUGAUUUUUGUUUAAGUUUAAUUCAGUUCUGCUCAUGGAACGUUAUUGCUGGCUUUGAGUUGUGCCAUUUUUUUUAUCGUAACCAUCGUUAUUUUGCCUCAACAGAGCAGUUUAUUUUCUGCUGAAUCAUGUUCUUGUUUUAAUGACUACAUAUUUUGAUAUAAAGUCAAACCUGGUUUAUUUGCCCAUUAAUAAAAAAACAAACAUACAUCAGAGGUAUUUGUGCUCCACAAGCUAAAGAAGUAUUUCCCGAACCUCUGAAAUUAUCCAGGUGAAUCCUGCAUCGGUUAUUGUCAGGGUGUAAUUUUUCCCAUGUGCUUUUAAAAAAUGGUUCAGUUUCUUGGUGACUCCUUCUGGAAGAGAGGCACGUUUCUCCAAAGACAUGCGAGUCACAUGGAAAGCUUUAAAAUGAUGCAAAGCUAAAUAAUUUUUUUUCUCUUCUAGAUUUUCUGGUCUGAGAAAGCAUCUCAAAACAAACCCGAUAAAUCACCAAAAUCAAAAAUGAUAUAUUUGCUCACACCUGAAAUAUUUGUAUAGCUACUGUUGAUUGCUAUGAAGUCAAUGACAGUGCAUCUGGACAGGAGACUGCAUGGUUUCAAAGCAAUACACACUUGUUCUCUUUGGAGUUUACCCUGACCUCCAGCUAUUUUCACUAGAUCAUUUCUCAAUGUCUGUGUCGGAAGAAAGUUUUGUAAGUUAUUUUUCUUAUGCUGUGUCUGUGAAGCCCCUUUUGAGCUUUUGAAAGUGUCACACAGUGUUGGCGUGAAGAUUUUAUAUAAACACACUGGAACUGUAAAUAAUGUCUGCCAUUUGUACUUCAUGUUUACUGUGAAUCCACCUGCAGCAGAACAUUUCAGCAGAACCUUGGUGUGAUCAUGAUAUGCUAACAUUCACAAAAACCUCACAGAACAACACAAUAAAACCUCUGAAGGCAACA